AUCGUACAGCUAAGAGUAUUGCUGUAUACCCCCCAGUGUUACUAUACCCAUCAGCUGCGCUACCCUAUUAUACCAGGACUACUCGUCUCAAGCUGUCAGACAACAUGCCGCACUACAAGCUCAAGUAUUUCGAUGGCAGAGGUAGGGCUGAGACCAUCCGGAUGUUGUUCAAGCUCGGCAAGACUGAGUUCGAAGACUCACGGUGCGAAAUGGACGAGUGGCCACAGAUUAAACCAACCAUUACAACCAAGCAACUUCCCGCUCUGGAAAUCGACGGCAAGCAAUACAACCAGAGCAAGUCUAUCAUAAACUACGUGGCAAGAACGUGUGGUCUCUUUGGCAAUAAUGAACUGGAGGCCCUGUGCAUCGAUAUGGUGAUUGACACCAUUGACGACGUGGUGCCGCCAUGGGAUGUUGUUUUCUAUUCCACCAACGAGGAGGAAAAGGCGAAAAACAUCAAGCAUUUCAGCGAGGUUGAGAUUCCAGUAAUCUUUGACCGGAUGGUAAGCCUGUUGGAGCUGGACCACGCAGGGGACUUCUUCUUUGGAAAUAAGAUAACAGCAGCUGAUGUACAUUUCCUGUGCAUGGUCGAGGUUGCCGACGUCUACUUUACCAAUUCCUUGGCCAAGUACCCGAAGCUGCAGGCCGUGUUCGACCGCGUGGCGGCCGACCCAGUCAUCGCCGAGUGGCGAAAGGUUCGCCCCGUAACCGACUGGUAAUCAGAUUGCUAGAUCAUUGCCCUUUUCAAAUCCACGGAUUUGGCUUCAGGCUCCAACCUCUCGCCUUAAGUCCCGAGCGCGAAUGCAAAGCACGCGGAAUUAACAGUCAAAACAACCGCGGAGCCUGGAGAAACCGUGAAUUUGAAAAGGGCAAUACAAAUGUAGAUGUGACGGCGUGUCGGUCGCUUUACAAGUCUCGAUUGACGACGCUGGUUUUUGCAUUUGUGACUGGUAGAGGGCGCAACACGGACUGUUUUGGAUGCCGACUCGGAUGGACAUGGCAAUAUUACUUAAAGAAUUAAUUUUUUUCAAGACACUUUGAAGCUAAAAUAGUUAAUCUAGUGUGAUUACAAGUAAAUGAAAUGCUGAAGAAAAUAUUCUGCAGUUACCCUUUCCUUGCAAUUUAUACGAUAAGUCCUGCUUAAAUGGGCCACAAAAGGUACAGACAAUGGUGUUGGGAUCAAAAAAAUAUGAAUUUAUGUUCACCGAAUUAGUAUAAUGAUGAUGCUCAUUGUGAAAAAACUUCCCUGAAAAUAUUUGUGUAUGAAAUAAUAUAGUUUUUGAGAAAUGAAUAAAACAAUUUACUUUUAUCUUGCGAAUUCAAAAACAGUGAUGUGUCCAUAUGUCCAUAUAUGAUAAGGGUUUUCACUAUUUUCUCAAGAUUUCAGAGACUGCUUUCAUAGGUUUGUUUAUGUUUCAUGUUUGGCCACAUAAAUACUUUGGUAAUGACCAAUAUUGUCCGCAUGUCUUACACACAAUGACCCUAUGCAGACAGAAGGUAGAUGUUUAUCUCAUAAUUCCACGUGACUUAGAAAGAGUGUUUAAAAAUAAAAUAAAAAUAACCCUUAAAUAACAUUAGUUUCAUACAACUCCCUAAGAAUACAAUGUACAUGUAUAUAUAUAUAUUAUUUGCUUUUACUUUCUUGAUGAAAAACAUCCUCUUACCAUGGUCUCUCCCAUCAACAACGCUUCUUCCAAUCCAAUCCUACAUUCUGAAUAAUUCAUGAAUCAAUAAUUAGCACAAUAGUGACACUGUCCAAUGAAAUGCUUCCUUCUCUCACUCAAUUCAGCUCAAAAUAUAUUUCAGACAAGGAAAUUAUUGAAUAUUCAUAGAACAAACCUGAUAUCCAAUCAGUUUCUCAAGUAAUAAAAUAUUGCUUUGAAUAUUCAUCAGAAAAAGUUUCUGAUCCAGUCAUACUCUAUAAAAAAAA